AUGAUUUUGCUAAUAUUCCUGCUUAUUUCGGCAGCAACCAGUUGUAAGCUCAGAGCACGGGUCUUUUCCACAACGACUAAUCCGGUUUUUGCUCAAUUCACAUUCUACAAUGGAACAAAAAGUCAAGUGUAUCAUUUUGAGAGAAUGCAACAGAGCUAUGGUCUAACGCUCCAGAGUCCAAUUUGUGAUCUGAAGCCGACCAUACUGAAAUCGUACAAAAAUUGGCCUGUACCUGGAGUGAAACCAAUUGGACAAACACAGGCUUUCAUCGAAGGUCCAAAAAUGAUUAUAUUAUUUUUGUUACUUAUCUCGGCUGUAUCAACGUGUAAGUUGAAGGCAAGAGUUUUUUCCGCAAGCUUCCAUCCCGUAUGGGCUCAAUUCACUUUCUUCAACGAGACCAAAAGCGAGAUGUACGAGUUUACGACAAACAAUCAGAACCACACUUUAUAUAUUGUUGGUAAGGACUGUAAUAUGAAGCCAACAAUCCUGAAAUCCUACAAUGAGCCACCUUAUGACGGUUUGGCGCCGAUUGGUCAGACAUCGGCCUUCAUCGAAGGACAAGGAAUGCUUGAUUACACGGUAAUAUCAGAUUUUUCGGGUUCAGUGAUGUUUGUGCUUAUACUGAUAUCUAUCUCGCUGGUAUCGAGCUGUAAGUUGAAGGUAAAAGUUGAUGCCGAAACGUAUCAUCCAGUGUGGGCUCAAUUCACGUUCCACAAUGAAACCAAAAGCAAAGUGUACAAAUUCACGGAUGGCCAUCAGAAUCACACCCUGUACAUUGAGGGUUUGAUCUGUAACCUGAAGCCUACCAUUUUGAAAUCCUACAAGCAAUCGCCUAAACCUGGAGUCAAGCCAAUUGGACAGACUGCGGCUUUCGUUGAGGGCCACGGAAUGAUUGGUUAUACGGUAUGGACAGGUUUACUGAAUUUUACGUCUUCUUUCUAA